AUUAUUAUAGUGAAUUAAUAUUUCAAGGGGAGAGAGAGAGAGAGAAGCUGAGAGUCAGACAUGAGAAGGUAUCAACAGUAAACAAUUCUAAGCCUACAUUAUAUAAGUCUUGUUGAAUCCAUUGCAUUUUAUGAUUUAUGUAAGAGCCAGACAGCGGAGAGGAAUCUCAGUGGAUGUCCAAAUUCUCUAUAAUCAAAACUCCAAACACGUCGUCUAAGAUUUCUCUCUCUGUGGAGCGUCAAGAAGUAAUAUUGGAAAUUAAUCAUCAAGAGGAGCAGCUGGAAGAAAUGAAGCGGAGGAGAGAGGCGGAGAUGGUGGCGUCAGAGAUCAGGUCCGCCAUUGAGGAGCUGUCCCUGUUGGCCGUCAACCUCAAAACUGGUGGUGGCGCCGCUGCUGAUGAUCAGACAAGCGCCCAUGUUCCCAUCAAGCCCUUUCUCUCUCUUUGCAAUUUGCUCAUUCAAGUUCUUGAUAAGAUAGGGCCAACAAUGGCUGUGCUGAGACAAGACAUUCAUCACAACAUCCAGAGAUUAGAGAACUUCCAUGAAUCUGAUCCUUCAAUAUACUGGGAUGUGGUUGAGAUACUGAAGAAAGAGGUGAAUGAAGGGAAGGCAAAGAAAGGUCCUACCUGCAGUAAAGCCUUUGUUUGGCUUACUAGGUCCCUAGAUUUCACACUAGCGUUGUUGCAAUUGCUUGUGAAGGAUUUCGGGAGAAAUAUGGAGCAAGCAGUGGAAGAGUCAUACAGCAUCACUCUAAAACCAUGGCACGGAUGGAUUUCGUCAACAGCAUAUAGAGUAGCGCUCAAGCUGGUGCCUGACACCCAAACCUUGCUUAAUAUUCUGAAGGUCAAAGAUGAGGACGAUGAUAUGCUCAAGGAAGAAAUCCAAAACCUCAUCUCUUUACUAACGCCCGUGUUAGAGCAUAACAAAGAUAUUCUGAGAACAUAUGGAUUGGAUAAAUUGAAGUCCACCUGAAGGAGACAUGUAAGAUAGCCAAAACUACUGUACAGACUUCAAUUUUGCUGGUUGAAUCGUAUGGUCCUCCUUGUUAUUUGAAAUAUAGAGCCAUACCUUGUACAAAGAAGUAUGUAAAACAGUCAUCACACUGUUCUAGUUUAACCAAGAAACUAUGUAUGUAAAACAGUCAUCACACUGUUCUAGUUUAACCAAGAAACUAUGUACAUGCUUUUGUUUGUACACAUCCAAGCUCUGUCAUGAGUGUAUUUUAAUUUCCCUCAUUAUUGUUUAUA